AUGCCCAACGUCCUGAAGAAUGUCUUGCCAACCUUGGGGGUUGAGGAGCCCAGCAUGGUGCAGUCCGUGGUCCGCAGCCUGGGAGGCUUUGCCCUGGGCUUGUCCUUGGCCACGGCCUAUGGGCUCCUGGAGCUGCUGGCGAUGGGGCACAGCCCCUGGAGCUGCCUGGUGGGCACCCUCACUUUGGCCGCCUUCCUCAGCCUGGGCCUGGGCUUCUCUCGCCAAGUGCGAGUCACUGUCUUCCUGCUGCUGCCCCAGGCCUUCUCCAGGCAGGGCCGGACCCUCCUGUUGGUGGCUGCCUUUGGGUUAGUGCUGCUAGGGCCUUGUGCCAACACCCUUCGCAACUUCACCCGGGCCAGCGAGGCCGUGGCCUGUGGGGCGGAGCUGGCCCUGAACCAGACCACUGAAGUGCUGCAGCGGGUCAAGCAGCCCUUAGUCAGUGCCCUGAAUAAGAUUAAAGCUAUUGCCCAGAAGGCUAAAAUGGUGGCCGACCGGAUCCGCAAGUUUUUUCGGUCCAUCAUUGAUGGUGUGAAGCAUAUAGCCAGGGCCCUGCGGAAUGUGUGGUAUUGGCUGGUGCACAUUGGGGAAGUGUGCAACGCGGAGCUGGGCAGCCCGUACUCCAAGUGCGCUCGGAUCUUCGAUGAUGCCAAGGACAACUGCAUGAAAGUCAUACCACAAGCCUACCACCUGUGCUACGUGCUCAUGCCCUUCAAGCUGGCGCUCUGUGGACUUGCCAGCGUGGCCCAGGUGUUCUGCAUCAUCCCACGGUACAUCCAGCCCUUCCUGCGCAAGACAAUCGGCACCCCGGUGAAGAAGUUGAUUAACCGGGUGCGUCGGGAGUUUGAGUUCAACAUGACAGCCACCCACCGCUUCUCUGUGAAUCUCAAUGCCUCUCGGAGCCUGUCCCAGGUCGCUGUGGACCUCCACGAGGCUGUCAGCAUGAAGCUGUACCACAUCCGGGAGGCCCUGGCUGUGAUGGGCUACACCACGCCACUGCUGAUCACGUUUCUCUACCUCGAAGCCCUGUUUUAUCGGUACUGUUACCUGAAACAUGAUGGUUUCGACAACAUCUACAUCACCGGCCGGUUCCUACGCAUGGAGGAUGUCCGCUCCGAGGCGGGGUUGCCCACAGUGCUGCCCCUCAGUGGCCACGAGACUAGCAACUACAUCCAACCAAGCUCCAUCUUCUUGUCUCGAUGGGAGCGUAUUUUUUACGUCCUGGGGAUCUUCAGCCUUAUCCAGCACCUCCUCCUUGCUCUGCUCCUGGUCUUCCUGGACUAUGCUGUUUUCUGGGUGCUCGAUCUGGCCCGGCACCAUUUGCAGGGGGAGAUUGUUGCCCGCAGCCCCGUGAUAAUGUCCAUAUCCGUGGAAGGGACGGGCUUUACUGGGAAUAUUUACCGUGACUUGGUAUCGGCAUUUGAUGUCCUGCAACAAGGCAACAUCAGCAUCUUGUCCCGGCGCUGCCUCUUGCAUCCCUCGGAGCCUGACUCCAGCAGUUACAUAGCCAUUGGCAUCAUGUAUGGCCUGUGCUUCUUCAUCACUCUGCUCGGCAACUACGUCAGUCGGCUGCGGCGGGUCAUCUGUGCCUCCUACUACCCAUCCCGGGAGCAGGAGAGGAUCGCCUACCUGUACAACCUACUUCUGAGUCGCAGAACAAACCUGCCAGCUGCCCUGCACCGAGCAGCAAGGCGGCGGGCAGCUGACCAGGGCCAGAUGAAUGUCCUCCGUAUGCUGGCCAAGUGGUGCCCCUUCCUGGCUCCGCUCCUCAGCUACUUUCAGCUGCGCCAGGCCUACUGCCUGGGCUGUGGGCAACCCCAGGAUGAAGGAGACACAGAGAGUUUUGUGUCCUGCAGUACCCCGGGCUGCCGAGGUCUCUUUUGCCCCACCUGCUUCUCCCUCCUGGACAACACCUGCUCUGUGUGUGCAUCUUCCCUUUCCUACCAGGGGGACCUGGAGCUGGAGCAGGACUCCAGUGACGAGGAGGGCCCCCAGCUGCAGCUGGCUGCAGCUCAAUGGCAGGACCCUGAGAAAGAGUGGUUACUGCAGCAACAGGUCCAAGAAGUGCUGGACAGGAUCCCCCCAUUGGAUUCCAGCUCUGAGUCCAGUAGUAAACUGGACGAGGAGAACGAGCCUCUGCAGGGGCAGGAGCCCCUGCCUGACAGCACUCCCAUGCUACCUUAG